CUGUAAUAAUGUCCAUUAACCUCUUUAUGAGACAUAUCAUUUAAAAGGCUUUUUUAAAACUAUAUGUUUCGAUAUUUAUAUUUAUAGCACAAGGCUGUGUUGAAUCUGUUGUUUUCAAUCGUUUGAUCAAAUAGACGUUGCUAGGGCAGCUAGCCCGUUAGCAUGUCGAGUUUUAAAUAAUUCUAACGUUACCUGCAAAAAUAUUUGCUGUUUUUGUCGGCGGCAAAUCAUGUGUGAAAUGUAUUUACGAUUUAUGGACAAAUGUUAUCCAUAAUAUUUCGUGACACGCUGGCUCUCUGUUAGCCGUAUAGCAGGCUGCUCACUGUGUUGACGGACCGACUCAAAACAAUCAUACGUGAAUUAUUGGGAUAUUUCAUCUCCUACUUUGGAAGUGGUUCGGGAAUAAGUGCAAUAUGGACACGAAUGUUCAGAAGAGGCGAGAAAACAAGAAGUCUUUACGGGUUAAGGUUAUUAGUCUGGGAAAUGCAGAGGUUGGGAAGAGCUGCAUUAUUAAACGAUACUGCGAGAAGCGGUUUGUGCCUAAGUAUCUAGCCACUAUUGGGAUAGAUUAUGGUGUAACCAAGGUUCAGGUUCGAGACAGGGAGAUAAAAGUAAACAUUUUUGAUAUGGCUGGACAUCCUUUCUUUUAUGAGGUUCGCAAUGAGUUUUAUAAGGACUCUCAGGGGGUGAUUCUGGUAUAUGAUGUUGGUCUGAGGGAGAGUUUCGAUGCUCUGGACAGCUGGCUCACAGAGAUGAAGCAGGAGAUGGGCUCACAGGCCAACAUGGAGAACAUCAUCUUCGUUGUGUGUGCCAACAAGGUGCCACAAGUGUUGACCUUGACGAAGAGGCGAGUGGUGGAUGAGAGUGAAGGGAGACUUUGGGCCGAGAGCAGAGGAUUUCAUUACUUUGAAACUUCUGCCCAGAGCGGUGAAGGCAUCAAUGAAAUGUUUCAGGCCUUUUUUUCCUCUAUAACUGACAUGUGUGAAAAUGGAGGGAAGAGACCUACUCCUGAGGUCAACGUAGGUUUUACUAAAGAGCAGGCCGACACCAUCCGACGUAUUCGCAACAGCAAAGACAGCUGGGAUAUGCUGGGGGUUAAACCUGGGGCCACAAGGGAGGAAGUCAACAAGGCAUACAGGAAGUUGGCUGUACUGUUGCACCCGGACAAAUGUGUGGCCCCAGGAAGUGAGGAUGCCUUUAAAGCAGUGGUUAACGCUCGCACGUCCCUGCUCAAGAAUAUCAAGUAGGAGCGUGUGCCAUCACACAAGUGCAUCUCACAUGGUUUCCAUUACAAACAUACUCCUCAUUGUGUCAUUUUUUUUUUUUUUUUUAUCUUCAUUGUGCCAUCGAAAUAUUAUUUAUUCUAAAUGAACAUUUUGUUUGUUUGUUUGUAUGUUUAGAUUGCUUGCUGUGGUGUUUUGUUUGUUGAAUUUGUAUUAAUUAUAUAUUUAUUUAUUUAUAAUUGUGAUUAUUAAAUGUGCAUUAAAAACCUCACAUGAGCCAGGGCAGUUUAAAGAUGCUAUCAGAAUAUUUGAAGUACAAAUAAUACCACAAAAGUGUUUUUUGUUUUCACCUCAAGAUUUCAUUAAAAAAUCAACAAAUGACCACUUAGACUCUAUCAAAACUUAACUUAACCAUGUUCCCUUGUUUUAAGUUGAUCAGCUUCACAUUGCCAUUAGUUGGAGUUGGAGAGUUACCUCGCAUUUGCAGAGUUCCCUUCUCAGUGAAGAUUACACUUAAGACACAAGGAGAAGCCUCUGGACUCCAACAAAGACUUAGUUACAGCUGAGUUUGAUGUAUAGCUAUGACACGGUCACCACAGUUGAUGUGUUUAUAAUGUAAUAUACUGUACAUGUACAUGUCAAAAGUUGUAAUAGGGAAACAACAAUAAUGCUCUAAGGAGCAUAUUUGACAUUUCCCAGUCUGUCCUGUGACACCUGACUGUUGUGCUGCUUUGCUCCCAUAGACAUACAGGCGAAAGACCUUUUAUUUAUCUACUGAUUUGCAAGUCAGACUUAGCAUUCUAAUGCUCUUGUUUAAUCCCCAUGCUCUUUUCAAGGAUACCAUGACCUACUUGGAUGAUUCCCAUUUUUUCUCUGCUUUACCUUAGUUCACUCCAAAAAGGAGGAAUAGCACGAAAUAUAUACUGAAACUUGACCAAUACCUUUGCUUCAAUACCUCCUUCUCUGAACACUACUGAUUCUAUUUAUUCUAGAUUGUCACAAGUCUUUUGAGGAGAAUCAAAUUUACAAAUUCAUUUAAAUCUAUUCAUUUAAAUCUAUUAAAUCUAUUUAAAUCUAUACAAUUCAUUUAAAUCUACCUGUUCAAGAAACAUGGUAUGUCAUGUAGAUGCAGUUUGUGCAUUUGACUUAAAUUAUGUACUUAUGGAUACUACAUGUAGGAUAUAGUUUUUUUUUUUGUUGUUUUUUUUAAUAAUGGGUUUACCAAA